UAGCCUUGUACUCUUGAACAUAUGUAAUUCUUUCCCACCAACAAAAAAAAGCUACAAAUGUUCAAGUCAUCAUUUUGAUCAGAGAAUUUAUUGUUUGCCAUAAUUUAGGUGGAAAAGUGCUAAAUAACAAAAUGGAUCUCAAGGAUUUGACAAUAGGAAUAGUGUUCUUACUUCAGAGCACAGUUGGAAUUCUGGGAAAUUUCUCUCUUCUUUCCUGCUACCUCAUCCGUUACUACACUGAACAUACAUUAAAGAACACAGAUUUGAUUCUCACACACCUGUUCAUAGCCAACUCCUUGAUUGUUGCUUCUAAAGGAACACUAGAGACAACAGGGGCUUUGGAGAUGAAAGGGUUCUUCAAUGAUUUUGGCUGCAAACUUCUUUUGUAUGUUCAAAGACUUGGCAGGAGCAUGUCCAUUGGUACCACCUGUCUCGUGAGUGUCUUCCAGGCCAUCACCAUCAGCCGGAGUGACUCCUGUUGGAACGGUCUUAAAGUCAAAGUUCUAAAGCGUAUCGGCCUCUUCACUUCCUUCUGCUGGAUUCUCUACAUGUCAGUAAAUAUGAUUUUCCCUGUGUAUACAUAUACCAAGGGGAAUAGCAAAAAUCUGACACCUAAGAGUGAUAUGAAAUACUGCUCCACUGUAGGUCAUGAUGAUUUCACAGGCUUAUUGUAUACAGCUUUUUUUGUUUUUCCUGAAGUUUUGCUUUCUCUCCUCAUUAUCUGGUCCAGCGGCUCCAUGGUUGUCAUUUUGUACAGGCACAAACAGCAGGUUCAACAUAUCCGUAGUACCCAUGUUUCCUCCAGAACAUCCCCCGAGUCCAGAGCCACCCAGAGCAUCCUGGUCCUGGUGUUCACCUUUCUAGGUUUUUAUGCCCUCUCCUCCAUCUUACAAGGUUGCAUUGCUCUCAUGUAUAAUCCUGAUUGGAUGCUGGUGAACAUCACAGCCAUCAUUUCAAUGUGUUUUCCUACUGUGGGCCCCUUUGUUAUGAGCCAUGAUACCACUGUGCCAAAAUUGUGCUAUUCCCGAGUAAGGAAUCCAAAGAUCCCAUAAUUGUAUCAUAGGUAUGAAAAUUGUAUGGUCUCUUACUCACAGUAACUUAAAAUUUUAUGUUCUCCAUGUCUUUCAAAACAUCAACAUACAACUAACUCCAUAGCCACUUGUCUUUCUAAAGGACUCUAUACUAUGCACUUGGAUUUCCAUCUUGUUGAAACUAAUACCCGAAGUAGCAUUGCAGAAGUGAACGCAGCAGGUCAUUUUACUGUGAGUAAAUAGUGCUCUGUUGGUGGAAAUCUUAAGUACUGUUGCUUAAGGCAAAUUAAAUGAGUUGAGCUUUAAUUCUUUAGUCUGUUUCCAGAGAGUAGGUGACCAAGCGUACACAUAUUGGAGAACUUUUCCAGGAGGAAGCACAACAAAGAACAGUAAUGGACAUUGUUAGGUGUAGCUGAAAUUUUCCUGUGUUCUGCCUGGCCCCGAGGUCAGGACAAAUCUCUCUCACUUGCUGGUCCGUAGCCACUCAGACCCAAAUAAACACACAGGCUUAUAUUAUUUACAAACUGUAUGCCAUUAGCGCAAGAUUAUUACUGACUAGCUCUUACACUUAAAUUAACCCAUAAUUCUUAUUUAUGUUUAGCCAUGUGGCUUGGUACCUUUUUCUCAGUUCUGCCUUCACAUCUUGCUUCCUCUGUGUCUGGCUGGCAACUCCUGACCCAGCCUUCUUCUUCCCAGAAUUCUCUUCUCUGCUUACCUUGCCUAUACUUCCUGCCUGGCUACUGGCCAAUCAGCUUUAUUUAUCAACCAAUCAGAGCAACACAUUCACAACAUACAGAGUGACAUCACCCAUUAGUUGGGAGAUAACUUUUUAAAUGAAUCCAUCAUGCAUGUUUAUCACUUUUACAGAUUCUCCUUACUAUUGUCUUUAUUAUAGAUAUAAAAACAAGUUUGUUAGAAAACUAGUUCAAUGUCAUUUCUGAAGUGUGAAACAAAAUUCUUCUGCUGUUCAAUUAAACAGGGCUCACAUUUCUCUCUAAGGAAAUGGUUGUGAUAAUUUGCUAGCACUUAUCUUUGUAAAAUCGUACACUUCACCUGAAGCUCACCAAUAAAAACCACUCAUUUGCACGUACCUACCACCAACAUUGGAAAUAGUGAGGAAACAAACAGUCGCCAUAAGAGUGUUUGUGUUGCCAGGUAUUCCCUGAGUAGUAAACACAUUUGUUUCUCUCAAAAACAUUUUAUGCAUACAGCCAAUAUAUGAUGAAGAUUUCCAGAAUGAUCUCAAACUUUCAUGGAGUUUGAAAAUAAUUACAGUUGUUAUUCAGAAUCCUCAGAUCUCUAAAAAAUGGGAGUUAACACUCUGCAGGCCAGAGUCGGUGUAGGUCCUUAGGCUAGGCUGUCUUCUUUAGAGAACAAGCUAAUCUGUAUCACAAUCCAGAAUGUUCAGUUAUUUAGAGAAUUGGGAUGCUGACAGGUUAAAUGACUUGGUGAUGGGCAUUAAAUUCUGUGAAAUUUAACAUGUAAAGGAUGUGAAGUUGGUAUAGUAAUAGAAAUAUCUUCAAUUAUUGAAUCUUGACAAGCCUAUGCUGUUUUACAUAGAGUAUAGGACUUUCUUUUUAGACUUUUUAAAAUUUAUUCUUUGUGAAUUUCACUUCAUGCAUCCCGAUCCCCUUUAUCUCCCCAUCCCAUCAUAGCUGUCCUCUGUCCUUGCAACUACCCUCACCCCCCAAAAAAAAUUAAUUUAAUUUAAUUUUUUAAAAAAAGUAACCAAAAAACAAAAACUAACAUACAAAAACAGAACAACAAAAAAGUCUCAGCAUGGAAGCCAUGGUGUGACAAAGUGAAUCAAAGAGUAUACCAUUUAUUCCUUAUGUAUAUACUUGUAAGUGUUCUUUUUCUUUUCUUUUCUCUUUUUUUUUUCGUUUUGGAUUUUUUGUUUGUUUGUUUGCUUUGUUUUGUUCUGUUUUUUGAGACAGGGUUUCACUCUGU